AUGAUUUCCGAGAUGUGGUGUUCGACCAUCGAACUGUUUAGCUCCGUGAACUUAUUGUGCAUGGCAGUCUUUCUAUCGAUCGUCUACUACUUAACGAUGUCCACGUACGAUAAAUGGAGCAAACUGAACGUGCCCUACGUAAAGCCCGUGCCGCUGUUUGGAAACUCAAUGAAAAUGGUCUUGAAAAUGGAGCACCCGUUGGACUUUUUCGGUCGUAUUUACAACCAGUUCCCGGACGCGAAGCUUUGCGGUUUCUAUCAAAUGACCACCCCAUUCCUGAUGAUUCGUGAUCCGGAGCUGAUCAACGCCAUGAUGGUUAAGGACUUCUCAUACUUUACCGACCAUGGUUUUGAUACAGACCCAUCUGUCAACCUCAUGGCCAGCAGCCUUUUCAUGUUGAAUGGCGAUCGGUGGAGAACAAUGCGACAGAAGCUCAGUCCCGGAUUCACAUCUGGAAAACUGAAGGACACUCAUGACCAAAUCAAGGUCUGCAUCGACCAGCUAAUGAACGUUUUCGAAGAAAACCUGAAAGUCAGCGAUCACUUCGAACUACGAGAGUUGAUUGGAAACUUCUCGACGGAUGUCAUCGGUAUGUCCGCUUUCGGUCUGAAACUAGACACGAUCAAAAACGGCAAUACGGACUUCCGCAUGUUUGGCAAGAAAAUAUUCCAGGCGGACUACAAACAGCUCUUUGUCCAGGCUAUGCUGCUGUUUUCGCCAAAGCUGGCUUUAGCUCUUAAGCUGAAACAGUUUCCGGAGGACGCCGCUAACUUUUAUGAAUCUAUGUUCAGGGACGUCCUCGAGUAUAGGGACAAGAACAACGUCGUCAGAAACGACGUCACUCAAACCCUGAUUCAAGCUAGAAAAGAUUUGGUGAAAAAUAACGACGGUGACGAACCGACAUCCGAAGAUAAAUGGACCGAAAUGGACAUAAUCGGAAACGCGGUACUGAUGUUUGUCGCUGGUGCCGAAACUGUUUCCAUUACAAUAUGCUUUUGUUUGUACCAGUUGGCAUUAAACAAAGAUAUCCAAGAUAGACUGCGUGAAGAGAUCGUUAUGGCAAAAGCGAAAAACGGUGGAGAGUUGAACAACGACUUUUUGAUCAAUCUCCACUACAUGAAUAUGGUUUUAGAAGAAAUUUCGCGCAAGUAUGCCAUCACCAUGAUCAUAUUCAGACGAGCGACGAAGAAUUACCAAGUACCCGGUACCUCAUUAGUCAUUGAAAAGGGACAAAAGAUCACCAUACCAGUGUACUCCAUACAUAAUGACCCGAAAUAUUACCCCGAUCCCGAUACUUUCGAUCCUGAAAGAUUUUCGACGGAAGAAAAAGCCAAACGGCGUAAUGGCACUUACUUGCCGUUUGGCGAUGGGCCGAGAUUGUGCAUAGGUAAACGGUUGGCGGAAUUAGAAAUGAAAUUGGUUCUAUCAAAAAUAUUGUUGAAAUAUGAAGUCUUUCCGUGUGAAAAAACAGAAAUUCCACUCAACAUACGAGGUCCUGGAAGUAUCGUCAGUCCGAAAAAUGGUAUUUGGUUGAGCUUUAAGCCGAUUGCCACAAAUUAACAUAUAUCAAUAAUAUGCAUAUUGAAUGUCUGUUUUUUUCAAUAUUACAACAUUUAUUUAAAAUACAAAUCACAAUAUUUUUUAAUACUCAAAACUCAUGUAUAAUUACACGUUUCUAUUAUAAGAACAAUAACAUUGAGUAGUAACUAUGAAUAUAAUAUAUAUAUCAUAUAUGUCAUGCCAGUUAUUGGUCAGACUGUUCCUUUAACUUUAGGAACAGAAUUGUAAUCGAGAUUUUCUAAACAUAUAUUUCUAUAAUAUGUUAUAAUACACUGAAAUAUUAAUACGUACAAAUAAAUAAAAUACUAAAUAUAGGUAAUCGAUGAUACUAUAUUCUGUACUCAUAAGUUUCAUAUUACCGAUACUGACAUAUUUUGUUGUUUAAUUAAUUAAUACGAUUAAUAGAAAACUGUAAAUUAGUGAUUUACUUAUGUUUGAUGUACCUACUAUGUGGUAUAAAAAUGUCUAUGGUUAUUUUAUACGUGGGUCUUAAUUUACUUUAUAAUAUUAUAUGAAAAAUAGUGAUAUUUAGAUUUUAA